AUGGAGUACUUAACUAAUGAAAAACUCCUCAAAUAAUAACAAUCAGCUCUAUUUUCUAUCAACAACUCUCGUUCCAAUAGUGUAUCUCGAUUCCCAAUUCCUAGUUCAAGAGCCACUCACGAUCCUGUUCAACCUCUCCGAUCAGCUGAUUUAUUCAAUAGAUUAGAAGACAUACUAAAAUAAAAGUAGAUGAGUACAACUACAAGAAAGAGAUAGAAACAAAUUUCAUGCAUUUUAAAUUCAUAAGCAACUCACGAAGCAAAAAAACAUUAUAUUGAAAAUAGUUGUUACAAAUCUCCCAAUAGAAUACAGGAGGUACCAUCCACUUCUGGGUUUCUGAAUGUUUAUAAUAUCGAGCCUAGAAGUAGAAAGUAAACAUAGCCAGCCUACAUCGGUUCUCCUUUGUUAAACUAAUAAAAUUAGAGUGCUAAAAAGAAAAAUGUGAUUCAGACUCAAUUUCAAGAGAGCUACCUUCAAAAUCGAAAAAAAAAGGAGAGCUUGAAAAAAUUUCAGGAUGAGUUUAACAAUAUGCAGGAGAAAAUCAAAAUAAGAAAUCAUUCUAUUUUAAAUGAACAACCAGAAAAUGGUGGACGAGUUGAUAAGCAAGAAUUGAAAGAGAAUAAGAUGGAAAUCAAUAUUAGUGCCAUUUUAAAUAAAGAAAAUAAUAAUAACACAAUUAAUAAAUUGAAUCAAUAAUUGCAAUUGUAAAAUAACCAUCUGUAAGAGCAAUUACUGUUUGAAAAAAAUCAAAAUUCUAAGCUAAAUUUACUGAUCAAUAAUCUAAAUGAUUAAAUCGCCAUUCUUAAUAAACAAUUAAAUCAGUAAAGCCAAUAAUCGAAUGAAGAUUAAGCGAAUAGGGAUACUUAAAUUGCAUAAUUAAAAUAGUAGAUUUAACAAUUGGAUUCGAAUUUACAGUAAAAGGACAAUGAAAUCAAUAAACAAAAAUAGCAAAUACUAGAGUUCAAUAAUGUGUAUAAGGAGAUGCAAGAAUUAGAGAAUCUCUGUUAGUAGAUGUCAUAUUUAAGUAUGCAAACUUCUUAAUAAAAUUUAUUAAUUCUUGAAAUUAAAGAGUUGCUUCAAAUUCAGUUUAAUAUUAUUGAGAAAGUAACAAAUCAUAAAGAUUUUCCGAUAGAGCAGCUGUUAAUUUAGAAUAAAAAGAAAAGACCUUAGAUACCAAAAUAAGUUGAUUAUUAAGAAUUAAGUCAGGAAACAACUAGAAUUAUGGAAAAUUUAGUUAAAUAAAUAAAGUCUUCUGUUGAUUAGUUAACCGAAAGAUUUAUACACGACUUGCUUAUUUGA